AUGGGCUGUGGUACUUCAUCUGCAACAAAAGACAAGAAAUCUGAGAAAGCACUAAAAGCCGCAUUGGUCAUACAGAACUGGUACCGAGGUUACAGAGCCCGAUUGAAGACCAGACAACGCUAUGCCCUCACCAUCUUCCAGUCCAUCGAAUACGCUGAUGAGCAAGGCCAGUUGCAGCUCUCCAACUUCUUCUCCUUCAUGUUGGAAAACUAUACACGUGUGCAGGAGAAAGAGCCAGGAUUAAUAACUCGCCUUUUUGGAAGCAGCAUCCAGGACAAGGACAGACAAGACUAUUUGGGGUUGCUAGAAGUCCCAGACUCCUACUGUGGUCCUCGGCUGCAAUUUCCUCUCACUUUUACUGACAUUGAUUUACUUAUUGAGGCCUUCAAGCAACAACAGAUACUUCAUGCUUAUUAUGUCUUAGAAGUGCUGUUUGAAACCAAGAGAGUCCUGCAGCAAAUGCCGAAUUUCACUCAUACAAGGACAUCUCCAUCCAAAGAGAUAACAAUCUGUGGUGAUUUGCAUGGGAAGCUAGAUGACCUUUUUUUGAUCUUCUAUAAGAAUGGUCUCCCUUCAGUGAGCAACCCAUAUGUUUUUAAUGGUGAUUUUGUAGAUCGAGGAAAAAAUUCCAUGGAGAUCCUAAUGAUCCUGUUUGUGAGUUUUCUUGUGUACCCAAAUGACCUGCACUUGAACAGAGGCAACCAUGAGGAUUUUAUGAUGAAUAUGAGGUAUGGCUUCACGAAAGAAAUUUUACAUAAAUAUAAGCUGCACGGAAAAAAAAUCUUACAAAUCUUGGAAGAGGUUUAUACCUGGCUCCCAAUUGGUACAAUCAUUGACAAUGAAGUCCUGGUCAUACAUGGAGGGAUAUCAGAGUCCACAGACUUGAAUUUACUCCACCGUUUAGAAAGAAACAAAAUGAGAUCUGUGCUGAUGCCACCAAUUCCAAUGGAUGGAGAUUGUGCUGAGAAGAAAAAUAAACUGGGUACAACCAUUGUGGCUCAGGGAAUCAGAACAAGUGGAUCCUUUUCUGAACAAUUAACAAAGCAGGAAUGGGAGCAGGUUGUCGAUAUCCUUUGGAGUGAUCCCAGAGGCAAAAGAGGCUGCUACCCAAACACGAACCGAGGAGGAGGCUGCUACUUUGGACCAGACGUUACCGCCAAGAUUCUUAAUAAAUACCAGUUGAAGAUGCUUGUUAGAUCUCAUGAAUGUAAGCCUGAUGGGUAUGAAAUCUGCCACGAUGGGAAGGUUAUUACUGUAUUUUCUGCGUCUAAUUAUUACGAAGAAGGUAGCAAUCGAGGAGCUUACAUCAGAAUGAGUUCUGGUACGACCCCCCGAUUUUUCCAGUACCAAAUAACUAGGGCAACGUGCUUCAGGCCUCUUUACCAAAGGGUGAAUGCUAUUGAAAGUAGUGCCAUCAGGAUGUUAAAAGAGAGAAUGAUUUCACGAAAAACUGACCUCACUCGAGCUUUCCAACUUCAAGACCGCAAUAAAUCAGGAAAACUUUCUAUGGGCCAGUGGGCUUUUUCAAUGGAGAAUGUUUUGGGGCUGAACUUACCAUGGAGAUCACUGAGUUCUCAUCUUGUAACCACAGACGAAGAUGGAAAUAUUGACUACAUGUCUGGCUUCCAGGAUGUCCACAUUCAGAAACCUGUGAAAGAGGUUCAGUCUACUCUAAUUGAAACAGUGUACAGAUACCGAUCUGACCUGCAAAUCAUCUUUAAUAUCAUUGACUCUGAUCACUCAGGCCUGAUCUCCAUGGAAGAAUUUCGUAGCAUGUGGAAACUUUUCAAAAGUCACUACAGUGUCCAUAUUGAUGAUUCCCAGUUUGAUGAGCUCGCUGAAAGGAUGGACUUAAACAAAGAUGGAAGCAUUGACUUUAAUGAGUUUUUAAAGGCUUUCUAUGUAGUGCAUAAAUUUGACAAGUUGAACAAAUCAGACAACAAGCUUGCAUAA